CAAGCAAAUCUUCAAACCCUUAUCGAAGAAAGGCGUUCCUUGCGCACGUCACCGCGCAGUGGUGGGGCUAAGAAAUGCUAUACUUAUAUUCGUGAACGCGCGCGCCUCGGCCACACGUUACUCGCUUCCCGCGCGAAACACAUCACAAAAAAAAUAAACAAAAAAUGUGUAAUAUGUGCACUCGUGACGUCGCCGCGAACAGUGCACCGCCGCCGCCGCCGCCGCCGAAGAAGAGCAACAGUUUGGAACGCAUGAAGAGGAAGCAUGGAAUAGUCACAGACCCUGAGAACGAGGAGAAGCAGAAGGAGGUGGAAUACCAGCCAGACCUGCUGGCGGUGUCCACGCAAUACUCCAAACUGGCUUACGACAUCUUCAAAACUACGCUGGUUCGUGUGCAAGAGACUAAGGCUUAUGUUGUCCUGACGCGAACAUCACAACCAUUCCACGUGGCGCUAGCGGUGUUGGUGAUACUGGCCUGGCUGGCGCGCCCCGGGGGCACUGGUAAUCUGCGCGGCUGGCGCGCGCUCUACGUCGGCGCCGUGGCCACGCACCUCGGCUCGCAAGUGUGGAUGACGCUGGUCUCCGGCAUCGUGCUAUACUUCCAUCUCCCCCGACAUGAGUUCGGGCGGGUGCAGACGGUGCUGUUCCCCGUGUACUACGCGUUCAACGCCUGCGUCAGCCUGGUGGCGCUGUUCGCGUACCUCCGGACGCAGACCAUCACGCGGUUCGAACAUGCUAGCUGGAUACAGUUCGCGCUGCUAACCGCCGUGUUCUUGAUAGAGGCGUAUGUGCGUCUUUGCCUGGUCAGCCCCAUGCUGCGAGCCAAACACAUCAAGACUCAGAUGGAGGAGGCUGCGGGAGGCGGACAAGAGGUCGGUCGCUUGAUCCUGGGCGAGCUGGCUCACUGUCCCCGCUACCUCCGCGUACUGAAGGCCUUCCGCGCCUACCACUCCACCAUCGCCGUCGGCACCAUGCUCACGCUCGGCUGCUCGCUAUACUCCACUAUGGUGAUCGUGGACGCCAUGUGCCGCUAGUCCUGGCCUCUGUGAUGUCACAGUCACAGUGACCCCACGGAUCAAGGCAGUCUAGAUAACCUGCUAGAUUUAUGGAGCAACACUAUGUCGAAAGACGCGCAGUUUUGAAAAGCUGACAAGGUGUAUGGAAGAUCUGGUCACAAAACCAUUGGUAACAAUUUAUAUCUAAGUAUACAUAAGUAUUACUUAUCUAGUGUUGUUGCAUAAUUUUAUCUAGCAGGUUCAAUAUAGUCAGAUUGUAGAAAAAAAAAAAAAUUCAAGUAGUUUUGAUCGGAUUUUCAAAAGUAAAAUUUAUUCAAAUCUACUUCAAAACCACAAAACGUUUUGAUCAUAAUAAGGAGUAAAUGUAGUUUUUACAAAAAUAUCAGUAUUCCUAUUAAUAAUAUUGUUUAUUAUCUAAAAAAAAGCUGUAUAAUGAAAGCUUAAAGUCGGUUAAAAAUAAAUUCAUGUUACUGCCAAGCGAUGCUUGUGCUUUUGCCAAUUAUUAUUUCGGUACCUAGGUUUUAGUAGGUAUUUCAUUUACAAUUGUAUUAUUUAAGAUUAAUUUGUAGUAAAAUAAUGCAAAGUAGGAAGCGGCUCGGGCUGUGAAGUCUUUAUUUUGUGUAGAUAGGAAAUUAACGAAUUUGUUUGAUGUAGAAGAUACUCUAAAGCGCUGGUCGCUCGUAGUUUCAAGAAAAGUAUGAAAGUUUAGGUCCAAAUUGUACGAGUAUAGGCUUAAGGCUCAUACACUGUGGUUGUGAAUUUGCACGUCUACAUUUGUGUAGCACGCUGUAAAAUUAGACUUUUACCGUGCUACAUAAAUGUAGUCAUAAAUAGAGAUUUAGGUAGUGUACUGAUCUUGCCAAGAUCUAAACGACCUAUUUUAUUAUGAAUUUGCAGCCAGAGCCAUCGGAGCUGCUUGAUGUUGAAACUCUAGUUGUUCGCUCUCUAAUUUCCUGCAGAGGUACUGCCAUGAAUAGUUGUAAGUGUAGUGAACGUAGUGUAAAUAGCUAGAGUCAGGCCAAAACAAGACUUAUCUUGGUCUAACUCUAGCGUGUCGGCGAAACUGUGGCGUUGCCAGUGUUGCCACGCUCCUAGUGCGCAGGAAGUUAGGGCUGCAACUACGCGCGAUGGCGCCAAAAGCAGUCGCUAUUUCGACGUAUUUUUGCACUGUCUCAAUAAAGCUGUUCAUGACUUUCAUGGAUUUACGAGGUGUAUAUAAGCGCGAUGUGAUACAGGGGCAAGGUACGCAAUCUCGGUAGACUGCGCGUGUUUGGCGCUUUGUGCGAUUUUGUUUUGUAUGCGACAGAAAGGUCUAGUCGUGCGAGCGUCACAAGUAACACACACGUCGAUUGUGACGCACUGUGCAUUUCUAUGAAAGUAAUUAAAAGGCCUUCCCGUAGCUAUCAAGCAGCUUAAUGAAUUAACAGGGGGUUUAUUUAAUUACAAGCUUAUUUCUGAAAGUAGAGCCACCGUUUACUUUGUGACUGGAUGAGAAUUUAGCGAAGUUGACUCUACAUUUACAAAUAGGCAUUAAUUUUAUUACUGUUGUAACUUAUAAUUAGUUUAAGGUACCUAAUGCUAAGGCCUUUACAUGUAAUUACAUUUUGGAAGGCCAGAAGCAAUAAACUUUAAUUGCUAACGAAAGGACGUCGUAUAAAUGAUGAUUUUAUACCUAUAAGUCACAUCACAGGUAUACAUACUAGAUGAAAUGCAUUAAUUAAGUAUGUAGUAUACGCAGUUUCAAUCGUUAGUAUGUUAUUAUUAACAAUGAUCUGAAUGUUAGUGUGUAAGUUUUGUUAUUUAUUUGGGAGACCGAAAAAACUAUUCAAAUACAAAACUAUAGAGAA